AUGGAGCACUAUAAGAAGCCAGCCUGGCUGGAUAAGACGGAUGCUUUGGAUCUCUCGGAAUACGAAAAGCAUUUCCAGUCUUUGAACCAAGGACAGCUUUGUUCGUCGAUUGUGUUAUUCCUCAGUGUAUUGUUCUCCGUCAUUCAUUCCUGGAAACCGGAUCGUUCGUUUCGGAAUUACUGCCCAAUGAACACAUCGCCUGCCAGAGCCCUCUGUUUUCUCAAUACGCUUCGCUUGACUGAAAAAGAAAGGAAGGGAAUGGAGAAGGCUCUGCAGCAAGAUGUUGCUUAUGGUGCUUUGACUGCAAUUAACCAGAGCGAAGAAUCCAAGAAAAAUCUUCCAGCGGAACCAGAAGACAGUGCGGCCAAAAAGGAGAAGAACAACCUCAAUAGGAGGCCCCUGGAGGAGAUAGUGCCCAUUAUGCACGGUACUUUCAAGAAGAUGCUGUUCAAGUUUGUGACUCAGCAAUGGAGCGCAGUUCUACGUGAUGAGAACUGGAAUGGUUGGGAUGAGUUCAAAGAGUACUUUGGGUCGAUGCACUUCAUGGCCAUUGCUGGGGACUUGAGAGCUAAGACAUACUCUCCUGAAGAGCUCGACGAAGCCCAAGCUAGAUUGAUUGCCUACGUCAGGAAGGGGGAGGCGGAGGAGCCACAAACGCAAUCUUCUUCUUGGAAGUCAGCUCCUAUUUCAACAGAGCCACCAGGUUCUGCUUCGAAUGAGGCAGCUAGAGAAGAGACACCUCCUGAUGCAGAAACAACGGUGAUAAAUCAAGCGAUGGCCGACAUUAACUUGUGGAAAGAGGAGCAAAAAGUAAAUGAAAUCAAUGAAGCGAUGAAGCUUUUGGAAAAUGCAAAAUGGCUCAUGAAGGCGCCACAUGAUCACAAGAAUGACUUCGAUGCAUUGAUUGAGAUGUCCAGGAAAUUCCAAUCAUCAAACAAUCUCAAAGAUAUUCAUGAACUUCGUCAAACAGCUUCCUCGUGGCCAACAAGUUUGAGAGCCUACGCAAUCCUGCCAUUUCUUGCUCUUCAAAAAUUGGAAAAGGAUAGCAAAAUGCCAAUGAUCAUUCACAACCUUUCUGAUCGUGGUAUUCGCAAGCAGGCAGGAGAAUGCGACUAUCAUGAUCCCGGCAAUGUGGCACUGGAUUUCAGUUAUUUUGUACUGCAGCUUUGGAAUUUUGUGCUACCAACGAAACAUUCUUCGGCCAAUCAGGUCGCUUGGCGCCCCUACGGCGACACCAAAGAACGAUCCGGCAUUGGGGCUAUGAACCGCAGAGGCAAUAUGAUCGAAGCCUUGCUGUCGAAUGCCAUGUACAACAUGAAAAAAGAGAAGCAAAGACAGGAGAAUGCCGGUCAAGAAAAGUCUAGGUGGAAUGCUGGCAGAGAAGGACGUGGGAAAUCUGGUCGAAAAGUGCUACCAGAGCGUGGUGCUGGACAGGCAAAACAGCACCGAUCUGGAUAG